AUGUUUGCUGCUAGAUAUAUACCUGGUGUUACUAAAUUACCAAAUGAAGAAGAAGAAAAUAAUAAUAUUUUACCUUUGAAAAGAACUAGAGAGGAUGAAGAAGAAGAGGAAGAAGAAGAGGAAGAAGAAGAGGAGGAAGAAGAAAAGGAAGAAGAAGAAGAAGAAAAAGAGGAGGAAAAUGCCAAACUUAAAAAUGAUUUGAUAAUGACAACCAAGAACAAAAAACAGGAAGAACACAAUACAAUUGAUAUUGAAAUGGAUCAAAAACAUAAUUCCAUUUUAUCAAGAUUCAAACAAACUAUUUCCUUACAAGAAAAAAUUGGGGAAGAGCAACAGAAUUUGUCAGCUUUAGAAAAUCAAUAUAAUCACAGUGCAUCGACCGUUACUAAUACAAACACCUUUGAACCAAUUCCACAACCGCCAAAAGUGUUAACAAAGACAGAUACCUUUAAUACUGAUAAAGCUACCAAAGAUACAUCUACUGUAUGGAACAACACUCAACAAAUAAUUUAUAAUAAUUCAAUGAUUACUACAUGGGAUGAACUAUUUGAGAAAAAUAUAAUUGACAAUGAAAAACUUUUACACAAUAUCAAAAAUUUUUGUAAAUCAAACCAAACUUUCCCCAUCCAAACAGUAUUAUUACAAAAUUUUUUACCUGUGCUGAGUUUUAAUUUCAAGAUGAGUAAACACUUAUUCCCGAAAAGGACAGGCGACCUUUUAGUAAACGCAUCAACAGGUUCAGGUAAGACUUUGGCAUACUCUAUUCCAAUAGUACAAACUUUGCACAAAAGGACAGUCAAUAAAUUAAGGUGCAUCAUUUUGGUUCCCACUAAGUUAUUAAUUCAUCAAGUUUAUGAAACAAUUUCAAAACUAACUGCGGGGACUAGCUUGAUUGUCAGCAUUUCUAAAUUGGAUAAUUCUUUGAAUGAAGAACACUCCAAGUUUACCAGCAUGGAGCCGGAUAUAUUAAUUAUUACACCAGGUAGAUUAGUCGACCAUUUAGCUAUAUCCUCAAUUACCUUAAGAAAUUUGAAAUUUUUGGUGUUAGAUGAAGCGGAUAGAUUAUUAAACCAGUCUUUCCAAAAUUGGUGUAAAAUCUUAAUGGAUAAAUUACAAAUUAAUGGUAAUCUACACAAUGUCAUUAAAAUGGUUUUUAGUGCUACUUUAACUACAAAUACUGGCAAAUUACAUCAAUUAAACUUAAAUAACCCCAAAUUAUACAUGAUGGACUCUGUUAAAUUGUACACUUUGCCCAAGAGUUUGCAAGAACAUAAUAUUCAAAUACCAACUGCUAAAAGCUUGUACAAACCAUUAUAUCUAUUUAAGUUAUUAACAUCAUCACUUUUCAUAAAACAAAAAUCUUCUAAAAUUAUUGUUUUUGUUAAAAGCAAUGAUAGCUCCAUAAGGUUGUCUCAUUUAUUAGAUUUAAUCAGUAAAAGCAGUAAUAUUAAUGAAAGUCUGAAUGAUCUAGAAGUAUGGUCUAUUAAUUCCAAGGCUAAUACUAAAUCCACAAACAAAAAAAUUAUCGAAAAUUUUUACAAUAGUAAAACGAUAGCUGUUCUAAUAUCUACUGAUCUAAUGAGUAGAGGUAUGGAUAUCGAUAACAUAACUCAUGUUAUUAAUUACGAUUUGCCGAUAUCUUCUCAACAAUAUGUUCAUAGAUGUGGUAGAACUGCAAGAGCAAGCAAAGGUGGUGAUGCAUAUAAUUUACUGGUUGGAAAAGGUGAAAGAAGGUUUUGGACAAAUACAAUCAAUGUGGACUUAAGUAGAGAUACGAACGGGUGCCAAGUCAUUGACGAAGAAGAGGGUUCUUUGAAAUUUUCCAAUGAUGAAAUUAAAGUUUAUGAAGAAUGUUUGACCAAAUUGAAAGAGGAUGUUGAAAAUAAAUAA